AUGGAUGGGCGAGAAUUAGCCAUGGUUGCUGAAAGAAGAAAGACCACCAGAAAGAAGAAGGACCCCGAUGCUCCAAAGAGAGCAUUGUCUGCUUACAUGUUCUUCGCUAACGAAAACAGAGACAUUGUCCGUGCUGAAAACCCCGGUAUUGCUUUCGGUCAAGUUGGUAAGUUGUUGGGUGAAAAGUGGAAGGCUUUGACUGGUGAUGAAAAGAUUCCAUAUGAAAGCAAGGCUGAAGCUGACAAGAAGAGAUACGAGAAAGAAAAGAGUGAAUAUGCUAAGAAGCAGAACUAA